AUGCCGGAGGAGAUAGACGACAAGUCGACUCUAGCCGACGCAGAACAUGACCCUUCAACGAGGGGGGCAGAAGCCGCAAACAGUGGCAUUGAGGAGAAGCAACCGACGACAACAAUCCCGCCCCCCGAUGUUGGCCUCAUCGCUUGGCUGCAGAUACUGGGUGGCUUUCUCCUCAUGUUCAACACUUGGGGACUGAUAUUAGCAUACGGAGCAUUUCAAGCAUACUACGAGACGCCCUCUGCCAGACAUCCUCCACCGUUCACUGCGUCUCCCUCUACUGCAGCAUGGAUCGGCUCAAUUCAGGCGUUCUUGCUCCUCUUCAUGGGCGGUAUCUGUGGUCGACUUUUUGACGCAGGCUAUCUGCGCUUCCUCCUGCUUACUGGCACGGGUCUAAUUGUCGUUGGACUUAUGCUCGCCUCGCUAGUGCAUACAUACUGGCAAGCACUCUUAUCACAGGGAUUCUGCGUUGGACUUGGCAUGGGCUGUCUGCUUGUUCCGAGUGUUGGCACAGCAAGCACGUGGUUCGUCAAGCACCGCGGCAUGGCUGUCGGUAUCGUGACAAGUGGGAGUGCUGUUGGUGGGAUUAUUCUGCCCAUCAUCUGUCAGAAAUUGCUGCCUAUCGUCGGAUUCGGCUGGACUUUGCGGAUACUAGGGUUUGUAUCACUGGCGACCCUGAGUGUGAGCAUAGCCGUAUUAAGACCGAGACUGCCUCCACGCAAAAGAGGCGGUUUCUUUGCGUUCAGUGCACUGAAGGAAGGACCAUUCCUGUGCUACUGCUCUGGCAUGUUGGUGGCUUUGCUGGGUUUCUAUGUGUUCAUGCAAUUCGUCCAGAGCUGGGCGGAAGCGAUUAAUGUGUCCAGUCUCGAUCCGAUUUACUAUCUUCCCAUCAUAAAUGCAGCAUCGGCAUUCGGUCGUUUCCUGCCAGCUUUCAUAUCUGACACGCUGGGACCACUCAAUGUCCAGAUCCCAUGCGCCAUUCUCUCCGCUACCCUCGCAUAUGCCUGGAUUGGCGUUGACUCGCUGCCAUCACUGCUCGUCAUCUGUGUUCUAUACGGCUUCUUCAGCGGCGGGAUGCUCGCGCUUCCACCGGCCGCCGUGGCGAGUCUGACGGAAGACAUGACUCACUUCGGGCAGCGCAUGGGACUGUGCUUUGUAUUUAUGGCGGUGGGAAGUCUUGUGGGCACGCCAGUCACAGGAACGAUCAUUGGCAGUCGGAAUGCUGAUGGUAAUUGGGAUGGCGCGAGGAUUUGGGCGGGAACAACCAUCUUGCUGGGUGGCUUUUUGAUGGCAGCCGGUCGUUGGUGUACAGAAAUUAAAGAGGUCACCUACAGUCACAGCAUACUCAGUGAACGAGCUAAGAAACUGAAUCCACCUAGGCGAGAGCAUACCGAAGUAGUCAUGGGCUCCGCGGGGAUGAAUGUCGACGCCGUGCGAGGAGCGUUCCCCGCGCUCAACCAGAAGCAAGUCUUUAUGGACAAUGCAGGCGGCAGUCAAGUACUAGGAACCGUUAUUGACAGCAUCAAUACUUAUCUCAAUAAUCAUAACGUACAGCUCGGUGCAUCCUACCCAGUGGCUCAAAAAUCAACGAAACUCUUCUCCGAAGGUCACAAUGCUGGCGCCCGCUAUAUCAACGCAGCACCCGAGCAGGUCGUCUUCGGGCCUUCGACGACGCAGCAUUUCCGAAAUGUUUCUGUGGCUCUGAAGACCCAGCCUGGCGACGAGAUUGUCCUGAGCAAACUUGACCACGAAGCCAACAUUGCUGGCUGGCUACAGAUGGCGAAGUGGCGAGGUCUAAAGGUCAACUGGUGGGUGCCGUCGAAGGACACAACCAGUAACCCCAAGCUGGUGCCCGAGGAUCUGAAGAAGCUGGUCAACGAGCGGACUCGGCUGGUCGCGUGUACUCACACCUCCAACAUUCUCGGAACAGUGACAGAUCUUAAUGCCUUGAGCGAGGUUGUGCAUGCUGCCAAUCCAAGGGCACUCUUCGCAGCUGAUGCUGUCGCAUAUGCGCCUCAUGCAAAGAUCGAUGUGAAAGACUUCGGUGUCGACAUAUACAGCUUCAGCUGGUACAAGGUCUACGGUCCACAUAUGGCAAUGCUAUAUAUCAGCGAUCGAGCACGCUCUGAGAUUGAGAGUCUGGGACAUUUUUUCAAGAGUACCGCAACUCUCGAGGAGAUGCUGGGUCUUGCAGCAGGCAAUUACGAAUCGGUCCAGACCGUGCCCAGAAUCGUUGAGUACCUCGAUUCAACAGGGUGGGAUGCCAUUUCGAGACAGGAAGAGGCCAUCCAGGGUGUCCUGCUGGACUAUCUCCGCUCGAAACCCGACAUCAUCAAAAUCUAUGGCGAGGCGUCCUCAGAUAGAAGCCUACGAGUGCCCGUCAUCAGCUUCCGAGUGAAGGGCCAUAAGUCAUUCGGCAUCACAGACGCGAUCGAGUCAAAGUCGAAUUACGGCUGUCGUGCUGGCCACUUCUACUCGAAGCGAUUGUGCCAGGAUGUGCUGGGGAUACCUGAUGUGGAUGAUGGCGUCGUGCGGUGUUCAUUGCUACACUAUAACACUAUAGAAGAAGUGCAAGGUCUGGUGAAGGUUCUCGACGAGAUCAUUAGUAGUGGCGAGGGCAAGCAGCCGGAUGACAAGACUCAGAAGGAUGUUUCGAAUUGGUGA